AUGAACGACUUGCCGGAGAAUCGCCGCCGUUCUUCUCCCGAUUCAUCGAGUUCGACCGAUUGUUCGGUUAGAGUGGAGCGUGAUCAAGGCACUGGGAGCGUUAGUACUAGCAAGGACGUUGAGGAUAGUUCCACCGAUGUUGUUUCCAAUGGAGUUUCCGUUAAUAACGGUAGCGGUAGUUCUUCAACUUCAGGCAUUCCAAGCAGGGGGUUGCCCAAAGUGACCACAUUGCCAGUAGAUAUAUCCCAUGGAGAUAAAUUAGAGUCAAGUCCAAGUAAUUUUAAGUUGGAAAGGUCAAAAACAGAGAGACAGAGACAUCUAAGGCCUGAGGAGGCAGCGCAAAUUUUUGAUGACAAAUGUCCUGUACAGGAAAAGCUUAGAUUGUUGAACAGAAUAGCUACUGUAAAAGAUGACGGAACUGUAGAAUUUGAGGUUCCAAUAGAUGUUGAAACUGAAGCUUUUGGUGCUAGAUCCAAUCAUGUAAAUAAUGUUAUUGAUGACUCACUUGGUACAACAGACCUUGAUUACAUCCCUCCAUUGAAUAUAGUGAUGCUUAUUGUUGGUACACGGGGAGAUGUACAGCCAUUUGUUGCAAUUGGAAAACGCUUGCAGGAUUAUGGUCAUCGUGUUAGAUUAGCAACUCAUUCCAAUUUUAAGGAGUUUGUUUUGACGGCUGGGUUGGAGUUUUAUCCGUUAGGAGGCGAUCCAAAAGUCCUUGCUGGUUAUAUGGUUAAAAAUAAGGGCUUUCUGCCAUCAGGACCCUCUGACAUACCUACUCAGAGAAAUCAAAUGAAAGAAAUUAUUAACUCUCUGCUUCCUGCUUGUAAAGAACCUGAUAUUGAUUCUGGUGUCCCCUUUAAAGCAGAGGCAAUCAUUGCCAAUCCCCCAGCAUAUGGGCAUACCCAUGUUGCAGAGGCCCUACAAAUUCCAAUUCAUAUUUUUUUCACAAUGCCUUGGACGCCAACAACUGAAUUUCCUCAUCCCUUGUCUCGUGUAAAGCAACAAGCUGGUUAUAGGCUUUCGUAUCAAAUAGUUGACUCGUUAAUUUGGCUUGGAAUACGAGACAUGAUUAAUGAUCUUAGGAAGAAAAAGUUGAAGCUACGGCCUGUCACAUAUUUAAGUGGCUCACAAGGUUCUGAAACUAACAUUCCUCAUGCAUAUAUAUGGAGUCCUCAUCUUGUUCCUAAACCAAAAGAUUGGGGACCAAAAAUCGAUGUAGUAGGAUUUUGCUUUCUCGAUCUAGCAUCAAACUAUGAACCUCCCGAGUCCCUUGUAAAAUGGCUUGAAGAUGGUGACAAGCCAAUUUACAUAGGGUUUGGUAGUCUGCCGGUCCAAGAUCCAAAAAAGAUGACCCAAAUAAUUGUAGAAGCAUUGGAGACCACAGGACAGAGGGGCAUCAUCAAUAAAGGAUGGGGAGGUCUUGGGAAUUUGACAGAACCAAAGGACUCUAUAUACUUGUUGGAUAAUGUUCCUCACGAUUGGCUAUUUUUACACUGCAAAGCAGUGGUGCAUCAUGGAGGAGCAGGAACAACAGCUGCAGGGUUGAAAGCUGCUUGCCCAACAACCAUAGUUCCCUUUUUUGGCGAUCAACCCUUUUGGGGUGAGAGAGUGCAUGAUAGAGGAGUUGGUCCCCCACCUAUUCCAGUUGACGAGUUUUCUCUUCCUAAGUUGAUUGAUGCCAUAAAUUUUAUGCUAGAUCCCAAGGUAAAGGAUCAUGCAAUUGAACUUGCCAAGGCCAUGGAAAAUGAGGAUGGGGUAACUGGAGCUGUGAAAGCAUUUUUUAAGCAACUUCCUCAAAAGAAACCCGAGACUGAUACAGAGCCGACUUCAUCCAAAUUUUUCUCUUUAAGUAAAUGUUUUGGUUGUUCCUGA